UUUGCCAAGAAGCAGAUGAUGCUAAUACAGAAAACAAAAUUGAGAUGUACAGAGUUGGAGAAGGAAGUUGAAGAAUUGAGGUCAAAGCUGGUUGCUGGAGGAGCUGACAUCAUUAAGGCCUUGACAGAACGUCUGGAUGCUGUUCUUUUGGAAAAAGCAGAGACUGAGCAACACUGUGUUUCUCUGAAGAAGGAAAAUAUUAAAAUGAAGCAAGAGGUUGAGGAUUUUGUAACUAAGUUGGAAGAUGUGCAGAAAGAGUUGGAACAAUCACAAAGAAGCUAUGGAAAAGAAAUAGAAAAUUUGAGAAAUGAAUUAACAACAGUACAUUCCAAAUACAGUAAUGAUAAAGCUGAUUGGCAAAAGGAAGUGGAAGAAGCAGCAAAAAAACAAUUAGAGCUUUCAGAACAGCUCAGAUUUCAGAGUGAUUCUGAAGAUAAUGUUAAAAAGCUGCAAGAAGAGAUUCAGAAAAUUAAGCUAGUCUUUGAGGAUCAAAUUUUAUGUCUGCAAAAGCAGUUAGAAAUUGCCACAAAUAAAAAGGAGCAAGAAAUUACUCACCUCCAAGGAGUGAUUGAGGCUAAUUGUCAGCAGUACCAAAAAGAUAUUAAUAGUUUGCAAGAAGAACUUGUACAGUUGAAAUCUACACACCAAGAAGAGGUAAAAGAAUUGAUGUGCCAAAUUGAAACAUCUGCCAAAGAACACGAAGCAGAAGUAAAUUAUUUGAUCCAGCUAAAGGAUAACUUAGUCAGGAAGUGUGAGGCAGGUGAGAUGAACAUUCAGGAGAAGUAUAAAUGUGAAUUAGAAAAUGAAGGGAAAGCCUCAGAUGCAGACCAAGAAAAUCAGGUGUGCUCUUUGCUCUUACAGGAAGAUUCUCUUAUAGAACAAGCAGUGAAUGAAAAAGUUAGACACUUAGAAGAUGCCCUAAAAGAACUGGAGUCUCAACAUAGCAUCUUAAAAGACGAGUUAACUUACAUGAAUAAUCUAAAAUUAAAACUUGAAAUUGACGCCCAACAUAUAAAGGAUGAGUUUUUUCAUGAACGGGAAGAUUUAGAGUUUAAAAUUAAUGAAUUAUUACUAGCUAAAGAAGAACAGGGAUAUAUAAUCGAGAAAUUAAAAUCUGAGCUAGAAGAUGCAAAUAAACGGUUUUGCUGUACCAUCGAACAACAUAACAAGGAAGUACAGAGUCUGAAGAAACAGCAUCAAAAAGAAAUAACAGAACUAAAUGAGACAUUUUUGUCAGAUUCAGAAAAAGAAAAGUUAACAUUAAUGUUUGAAAUACAGGGUCUUAAGGAACAGUGUGAAAAACUACAACAAGAAAAGCAAGAAGCAAUGUUAAACUACGAGGGUUUACGAGAGAUUAUGGAAAUUUUACAGACAGAGCUGGGGGAAUCUGCUGAAAAAAUAAGUCAAGAGUUUGAAUCAAUGAAGCAACAACAAGCAUUUAAUAUUAAUGAACUUCAGCAGAAGCUCCAAACUGCGUUUAAUGAAAAAGAUGCUCUUCUUGAAACUGUGAAUUGUCUCCAGAGAGAAAAUGAUAACUUACGGUCACAGCAGGAAUGUGUACCAGAACUUGAAAAUACCAUAAAGAAUCUUCAAGAGAAGAAUGAACUGUAUCUAGUUAGUCUCAGUCAGAGAGAUACCAUGUUACAAGAAUUUGAAGCAAAGAUAAGUUCUCUUACUGAGGAAAAAUAUGAUUUCAUAAGUAAGGUGAAAAGUUCUCAUGAAGAGAUGGAUAAUCUUCACAAAAAAUGUGAAAGGGAAGAAAGGUUGACUGUAGAACUUAGGGAAAAAGUGGAUCAGACUGCCCAGUACAACAGUGAACUAGAACAGAAGGUGAAUGAAUUAACAGCAGGACUAGAAGAAACUUUAAAAGAAAAGGAUGAAAAGAACCAAAAACUGGAAAAGCUUACAGCUCAGUUGAAAACUCUCUCCGAAGACCAGGAAGCCAUGUCAUUGGAAGUGAGGUCUCUUCAUGAAGAAAAUAGCAGACUGAGUUCAGAGAAGAACCUGCUGAGCAGGGAUCUGGAAGCCCUCCUGUCUCAAAAGGAAGGAGAUGUUGCACUUCAGAAGCAGCUCUCUGAAUUAGAAGAGGAACUUCAAUUAGCUGUCAGAGAAAGGGAUAAUUUGAAUAAACUUUUGGAAAACGAGCAAGUUCAGAAGUCGUUUGUCAAAGCUCAGUUGUGUGGUUUUCUUGAACAGAUGGAGUUAAAGGUUUCACAAGAAAGGGAAGAACAGGAUGUUGUAAAUAUCCUACAAGCCAUGGGUGAAUCCUUAGAUAAAAUAAAUGAAGAAAAAUACAACUUGGCUUUUCAGUAUGAUGAGAGAAAAGUAGAGUUAGAAAAAGAGAUUAAGCUCCUUCAAGAAGAGCAUAUGGUUCAGUGUGAGGAACUUAGGUCUCUACUAAGAGAUUAUGAGCAAGAGAAAGUUGUCCUAAGGAAAGAGUUAGAAGAAGCCCUCUUGGAAAAGGAGGCCCUGCAGUCUGACCUUCUGGAGAUGAAGAAUGCCAGUGAACAAACAAGGUUUGAAAAUCAGAAUCUCCUAAUUCAGGUUGAAGAAAUGUCUCAAAAACUGUGUAGAGAAAAUGAAAACCAUCACGAAAAAGAAAAAGAUUUUAUAAAAGAACUUGAAAACCUAAGGCCAUUAUUGGAACAGAAAGAAUCUGAAUUGCAAGAUGUGAAAGCAGAGUUAAUAUCAUUAAAGGAUUCCUUCAAGAAAUCACCUUCUGUAGAAAGUGAUCAACCUUCGGUAAAAGAGUUUGAAGAAAAAAUAGGAUACUUGGAAAAAGAAGCCAAAGAGAAAGAGGAGAAAAUAAGUAAGUUAAAACUAGUUGCUGUGAAAGCAAAGAAAGAACUAGAUUCUAGCAGGAAAGAAGCCCAGACGCUCCAGGAGGAACUUGAAUCUGUUCGCUCAGAAAGGGAUCAGUUGUCUACUUCCAUGAGAGAUCUCAUUCAAGGAGCUGAAAACUAUAAGAAUCUUUUAUCAGAAUAUGAUAAGCAGUCAGAGCAGUUGGAUGCAGAGAAAGAACGUGCCAAUAACUUUGAGCAUCAAGUAGAAGACCUUACAAGACAAUUAAGGAGUUUGACUUUUCAGUGUGAGAAAUUAACCUCAGAUAAUGAAGAUUUCCUGGCCCGUAUCGAGACACUGCAGUCUAACGCCUGCUUAUUGGAAGUGCAGAUUUUAGAAGUCCAGAAAGCCAAGGCUAUGGCAGACAAAGAGCUGGAAGCUGAAAAACUUCAGAAAGAACAGAAAAUAAAGGAGCAUGCCAGUUCCGUAAAUGAACUAGAAGAACUUCAGUUACAGCUUCAAAAGGAAAAGAAACAGCUUCAGAAAACCAUGCAAGAAUUAGAGCUGGUUAGAAAGGAUGCCCAGCAGACCACGCUAAUGAACAUGGAAAUUGCUGAUUACGAGCGCUUGAUGAGAGAGCUGAAUCAGAAGUUAGCUAAUAAAAACAGCAAGAUAGAAGAUUUGGAACAGGAGAUAAAAAUCCAAAAACAGAAACAAGAGACCCUGCAAGAAGAAAUGACUUCGCUGCAGGCUGUGGUACAGCAGUAUGAGGAAAAGAAUACCAAGAUCAAACAGCUACUUGUGAAAACCAAGAAAGAACUGGCAGAUGUGAGGCAAGCGGAGACUGAUCACUUAAAGCUUCAGGCAUCUUUAAAGGGUGAACUGGAGGCCAGCCAGCAGCAAGUAGAAGUCUAUAAAAUUCAGCUGGCGGAAGUGACGGCAGAGAAGCACAAAGCCCAUGAGCACCUGAAGGCAUCGGCGGACCAGCACCAGCGCACACUGGGUGCCUACCAGCAGCGGGUAUCAGCCCUGCAGGAGGAAUGCCGCGAGGCCAGGGCAGAACAAGCUGCAGUUGCCUCUGAAUUUGAGAGCUACAAGGUCCGGGUCCACAAUGUUUUAAAACAGCAGAAAAAUAAGUCUGUGUCUCAGACUGAGGCUGAGGGGGCCAAACAAGAAAGAGAACAUCUAGAAAUGCUGAUUGACCAACUGAAGCUCAAGUUACAAGAUACCCAGAACAGCUUACAGAUCAGCGCCUCUGAGCUGCAGGCCCUGCAGUGUGAACACUGCGCCCUGCUGGAGAGGCACAAUAGGGUGCUGCAGGAGGCCGUGGGCAAGGAGGCUGAGCUCCGCGAGAAGCUGUGCUCUGUGCAGUCGGAGAACUCCGCCUUGAAGGCUGAGCACACGCAGACUGUCGAUCAGCUCACGGCCCAGCACGAGGCCCUACGCGGCGGCUUCCGGGAGCAAGUGCGGCAGCUGCAAGAGGAGCACCGGAGGACGGUGGAGACGCUACAGCAGCAGCUGUGCCGGCUAGAGGCCCAGCUUCUGGAGCCCCGCAGCGAGCCGGCCACGCGGAGCCCAGCUUCUUCCCAGCAACCUUUGAGGAGCCUUCGAGAGAGGAGAAGUGCAGACCUCUCGUUCCUGGAUGUGCAGGUCACGGCCCGGGAGGAGGGGGAGGGGAUGGAGACCACGGACCUGGAGCGCGGCUCUCCCACCAGCACCCCUGCACAGUCGCUGGAGCAGCUGCUCAGUUCUCCUGAAGCCAGGCUUGAGCCACCUGCGUGGCACAACGAAUUCACCAAAGAAGAGUUGGUUCAGAAGCUCAAUUCCACCACCAAGAGUGCCGACCACUUAAACGGCCUGCUUCGGGAAACAGAAGCCACCAACGCCAUCCUUAUGGAGCAGAUUAAGCUUCUGAAGAGUGAAGUCAGGCGGCUGGAGCGGAACCAGGAGCGGGAGAAGUCAGCAGCCAACCUGGAGUACCUGAAGAACGUGCUGCUGCAGUUCAUCCUGCUGAAGCCGGGCAGCGAGCGGGCGCGGCUGUUGCCUGUGGUGGACACCAUGCUGCAGCUCAGCCCUGAGGAGAAGACCCGGCUGGCAGCCGCCGCCCAAGGUGAGGAGGAGAGCGGGUCCCGCUCCUCGGGCUGGGCAUCCUACCUGCACAGCUGGUCUGGACUCCGGUAGACUGACGGGAGAGCGCUGUUUAUGAACCAAAUAGUCUGGCAAAAAAAGGCUCAUGUAUGUCACUGUCAUUGUGGUCUAAAACCAUGUGUAUGUAAUUCACAUCUCUGUGCGUGUAUCCACGCAUGUGUCAGGUGAAUUGAAGAGGGGCUCAGCCCAUGGUGAAUGCCCAGCAGCUGGAGUGUGGACACGGCCGUGGCCCUGAGACUCUGUCCCUCUCCAUUGCCUCCAUACCCAGGAGCAACGCCC